AUGGGUGUUCUUGGGAUGAACCCCACGGAAGAUGAGGUGGAGAAGCGUUUGACGGAUCUGGGUCGUCCGGAGUACAUCGACCACAAGAUGUUUCACAAUCUCAUUGAGGAAGAAUUGGGAAAGCCGAUUCCAAAAGUUCAGGAAUUGCUAGACUAUCUGAAGCAGUUUGAUAAGGACGGCAAAGGUGCCUUGUCCAAGGAGGAACUACAAGAAGUGAUGAGAGGAAGUGAGCUGAGCCCGGAUGAAGUCCAGGCCAGUCUUCGCAAGAUGCCGAGGAACAGUGAUGGUCACCUCGACAUCGCGAAGCUAUCCAAGUACUUCUUGCAGCUUGGCGGCUCUCAGGUUGGGACUGAGACAGCCAGGCGGGACGUUGCCUCCAGGGUGCGCGAAGCCAUUGUUCGGAUAGCCGAGGCAGAGGCUCAAUACGACUUGAAGGAUGCAAAGGCGUUCGCGCAAUUCCUCCACGAUGCAGACGUACGUUUGGUUCGUGCCAGGUACCUCACUGAGCUGGUCCUUUCCGGACGCCCAUUACCACGUCGCCAAGAACUUCAGUCCAUGACCUUCGUUCCGCCUGACUCCGAGGCUGAAACAGCCUUGGUGAGCCACCAGGAAGUACAGACCUGGGCUGAAGGGAAUAGGGAUGCGAUCAUCUGCUCAAUCUCCCAUGCUUGGGAGACACGCGAGCAUCCAGAUCCUUGUAGAUAUCAGCUGGAGCAGAUUGCGCAGCGUGUUGCAUUGUACGAAGCUGCUUUCAAGGCUGAUGUUUGGGUGUUUUACGAUUAUGCAUCGUUGUUCCAAUUUGAGCGGUUCUCUCCUGAAGAACAAAGCAGCUUCGGAGCAGCCAUGCAAAAUAUGCAUGUGAUGUACGCUCACGAGCACACGCUGACCCUGCGUAUCGAAAAUCUCACACCAGAUGUUGUCUGGAAUCGCAUGAUGGAUAACGGGACCGAACUUGUCCCUGUUUAUGACAAAGACCAGAAAUGUGUUGUAGCCAAACCUUUGAAGGAUUUGGUUGCAAACAAAUCCGCCUACCUUUCUCGCGGAUGGUGCAUGGCAGAGGUGGAAUGGAGUUCACUCAGGACGGUAAAUCUCCAGCACCAAAGAAUCGAUGGAGUCGAUGACCGCUCCGGUGAUGGCAGUGACCUGAAUGGCAGGAUCCCGAUGACCCCUGAAAAGUUUCGAUCCAAAAUGGAAGAGGCUGUCUUUACUCACAGAUCCGAUGCGGAAAGCGUCAUCCGUUUGCAAAAAAAGAUAUUUUUCGAAAAGGUGACGGCCUGCGAGCACCUUGAGUUGGAAGGCCUUCCAGCCGAUCAAAUGCUGGCGUUGGCUCAUGCUUUGCCACUCUACAAGAACUUGAAAAGCUUGACGCUGAAAACCUUUCGAUGUGACGAAGAGCAGGUUGAAGCCCUUGCAGAGGCCUUCGCAACCAGCGGAUUGCAAAUGAUCACAGUCCGCAAUGACGACGCCAAGAGCACUACACUCAUGGUCAAGGCCUUGGCCGAGGCGCUGAAGACAAACUCGUCCGUCACGAGCAUUGAUUUGCGAUACAACGGCAUUGGUGCCGAGGGCGCCAAGGCCUUGGCCGAGGCACUGAAGAUAAACGCCUCUGUCGCAAAAAUCGGUUUGUACAGCAACCAGAUUGGCACCGAGGGGGCCGAGGCCUUGGCUGAGGCACUUAAAAUAAACAAGUCCAUCACGAACAUCAAUUGGCCUCACAACCAGAUUGGCGACGAGGGCGCCAAGGCCUUGUCCGAGGCACUGAAGAUAAACGCCUCUGUCGCAAAAAUCGGUUUGUACGACAACCAGAUUGGCACCGAGGGGGCCGAGGCCUUGGCCGAGGCACUGAAGAUAAAUGCGUCCGUCACAGACAUCAGUUUGUCCAACAACCAGAUUGGCGCCGAGGGCGCCAAGGCCUUGGCUGAGGCACUGAAAAUAAACGGGUCCGUCACGAACAUCAAUUUGUUCGACAACCAGAUUGGCGCCGAGGGCGCCAAGGCCUUGGCCGAGGCACUGAAGAUAAAUGCGUCCGUCACAGACAUCAGUUUGUCCAACAACCAGAUUGGCGCCGAGGGCGCCAAGGCCUUGGCCGAGGCACUGAAGAUAAAUGCGUCCGUCACAGACAUCAGUUUGUCCAACAACCAGAUUGGCGCCGAGGGCGCCAAGGCGCUGAGGGAGGCGAUGGAGGAGCGAAAGAGGAAGGGCGUUCCCUUGGAAUGUCGUCACUGA